CAGGUCUGCUGGAGCUGCGACCUGCCUUCCUGCACACCGAGCACGAGCGGAGGGCGCCGAGGACGGUCACCCAGGCAGACAUGAAGGUGGAACUGCUCCCAGCCCUCACAGACAACUACAUGUACCUCCUGGUGGAUGAGGAGACAAGGGAGGCUGCCAUCGUUGAUCCUGUGCAGCCCCAGAAGGUUUUGGAUGCAGUUAAAAAGCACGGCGUGAAGCUGACCACUGUCCUGACCACACAUCAUCACUGGGACCAUGCUGGAGGGAACGAGAAGCUGGUGAAGCUGGAGCCAGGGCUGCGUGUCUACGGAGGGGACAGCAGGGUUGGAGCACUCACACAGAAGGUGUCUCACCUCACCUCACUGAAGGUGGGAUCUCUAAAUGUGAAAUGCCUCUGUACGCCGUGUCACACUUCUGGACACAUCUGUUAUUAUGUGACUAAGCCAAAUAGCUCCGAGCCACCUGCAGUUUUUACAGGAGACACGCUCUUCGUGGCUGGCUGUGGGAAGUUCUUCGAGGGAACCCCAGAGGAGAUGUACAGAGCACUGAUUGAGGUUCUGGGGAGCCUGGACCCCCAAACGAGAGUUUACUGUGGCCAUGAAUACACCAUCAACAACCUCAAGUUUGCUCGACACGUUGAACCCCAUAACGUCGCUGUGCAGGAGAAGCUCUCCUGGGCCAAGGCCAAGUAUGACAGUGGGGAGCCAACCAUCCCCUCCACCAUUGCUGAGGAGUUCACCUACAACCCCUUCAUGCGAGUGAGGGAGAAGACAGUUCAGCAGCACGCUGGGGAGACAGACCCCAUCCGGACGAUGGGGGCCAUCCGAAAGGAGAAGGAUAACUUCAGAGUGCCAAAGGACUGAGCCCUCUGCCUGGGGCAUUUCCAUGUCAGUUGACGUCUCCUUUAGACUAUUUUGAACCUUCUGUUGUGGUUGAGACAGUCCUAUUUAGGUUUUUAUUUUGUUUUAAUUCAG